CGAGAGUCCAGGAGCCCGCCAAGGUACAACCACGCCGCAGGCUCGCUCCUUCCGCCGUCAUCCCUGGUGUAAGUCUGCAAGUGCUGGAUUUCGGAUGAGUUCAGUUUGCUUUGGUCUCUGGUGCAUCUUUGUGCGGUUUUAUUUUAGGCAGCAACACAGCAGAAUCUGAUUUGAGUUGAUGAAACGACAACGCACAUGCGAGGCUCACUAAAUGGAGUCUCAUCAUGGCGAGAUUCAAGAGUUGGCACGUCCAACUUCACCACCUCCUCCUCAAAACAUUGGCGAUGAGCCUCCUAAAACUGAGGAAACAAAGAAGGACUACCACAAGGGGUGCCCCGGUUGUCAGCUGGAAGAGGCGAAUGAGAUCAGAACAGGCAUCCCAUACCUCAACUUUUUCUACAUCUGCAUCAUCGGCCUCACCUCCACUCUGCCAAUCCAAUCAUUGUUCCCUUAUCUAUACUUCAUGAUUAGGGACAUGAAUAUUGCAAAGCAAGAGGAAGACAUCGGGUUUUACGCUGGAUUUGUUGGGGCAUCUUAUUUCUUCGCUAGAAUCUUCAGUUCGGUGCCAUGGGGCAUAUUUGCUGACAAGUAUGGAAGGAAGCCAUGCAUCGUGAUUAGUAUGCUCUCAGUGAUUGUUUUCAACACAUUAUUUGGUCUUAGCACAAGAUACUGGAUGGCAAUUGUAUCUAGGGGAUUGCUUGGGAUGCUUUGUGGUAUAUUGGGACCAAUUAAGGCAUAUGCUACAGAAGUCUGCAGGAAAGAGCACCAAGCUCUAGGAAUGUCUCUUGUUACAUCAUCACGAGCAAUAGCUUUUGUUGUUGGACCAGCUAUUGGAGGGUUUCUUGCACAGCCUGCAGAAAAGUACCCACAUAUUUUCUCAAAAGAAUCCAUAUUUGGAAGGUUUCCAUACUUUCUCCCAUGCUUUACCAUAUCAAUACUAGCAAUGGGAUCAUGCAUCGCGUGCAUUUGGCUUCCCGAAACCCUACACUUUCACAAUGAUGGAAAGGUAGGAAGUGCUGAUGAAGAGGCACAAAUUUCUGAGGAAGUGGAAGCACAAGUUGGUCUCUCAAACAUAGAAGCUGGAGUAUCUAGUGACACAUCUUUGAAGAACCUGUUAAUGAACUGGCAAUUUGUGUCAUCAGUAAUCAUCUACUGUACUUUUUCUCUCCAUGAUGUAGCUUACCUUGAGUCAUUUUCAUUCUGGGCUGCGAGCAAAAGAAAAUUUGGGGGCCUCAGUUUGACAUCGCAGGAUUUGGCUAUUGUGCUAACCAUCUCAGGUGCUGGUGUUCUGGUAUAUCAAUUUGUUGUUUAUCCUUUCAUUGUCAAAUAUUUUGGACCAAUCAGGCCAUUACGUCCUGCUGCGAUCUUGUCCAUACUUCUCCUCACAACGUAUCCCUUCAUGCACAACUUACAAGGGCUAGAGCUCAAAGUAUUAAUCAACAUAGCUUCAAUUUUGAAGAAUGUAUUGUCGGCUACAACAACUACUGCAUGCAACAUUCUACAAAACACAGCAGUGCCACAAAAACAAAGAGGUGCUGCAAAUGGCAUCUCCGUGACUGUACUGUCAUUGUUCAAAGGUGUAGGUCCAGCAGGAGCCGGAACUUUGUUUUCAUGGACUCAAAAGCAUGUGACAGGGUUGUUCUUACCAGGUGACCAGAUCCUAUUUCUAGUGAUAAGCAUGGUUGCAGUAGUAGGGCUAUUUAUGACAUUCAAGCCAUUUUUCUCCAUGUCAAAUGCGUUGGGCCGUUCAUAAACAUGCACUGUACAUUUAGGCUUCAUUUGUGGGUUAAAAAUCAUGGGAACAAUUCGAUUGCAGGCCUCAGGUUUAAAACUCCUAAGUUUCAGGUAUGAUAUCAGCCCAUAAUUAUAUAUGUAAUAAUAAAUAGCCCAUUUCUAGUAAGUAAAUGUGAGAUAAGUGUAAAAGCUUUGUAAUAUUCUAACUAUGUGCACUUGCAAAGGCCGGUAAUGCUACAUUCUCUAAUAAUAUUGGCCCAUAACUUUAACCUUGUGUUCAGAUGUGUAAUCAGUGUAAAGAUGAUCUUCAAUGUUUUUGGUGUAAACUUUGGAUCACCAGAUGUUGCAUCAAUAUAGGUCAUGAAGUGUUUAGAUCGGUCUUCUUGUCUAUUAUCUCCUAAUUUCCCAACCUGUUCGAUAACUUCACCAGCUCUGAGAAAGAUAACAGAGCACUAACAUAGGCCAUGGCAACUCAUUGAUUGUGUGCACGACCAAAAACUAAAGAUAACAGAGCACUAACAUAGGCCAUGGCAAUUGAUUGUGUGCACGACCAAAAACUAAUUUUGAAUAGUAAGUCUGAUCUGAUUUCAACUGGUUGAUCGACCAUACAUGCUGGAUCUCUAUAGAUCCAACAGAAAGAAUCCAUUGAUCAUGCUUCAAUACAGCAGCGGAGGCUUUGGUACGGUGGUGAGACCACUAGUGUGAGCAAGAACAGAUAGAAAUCAGUGCUACUACCUUGGUAGAGAAGGACGGGUUGCUUCUGACCUGAGUUCAUCUUAGUUUCUUAAAUGUCUUCCACAAAAUAAAAGUUCAGAAAAUUGGAUAUUUGCCAUUUUUUCACGAGGUUCCACAGUCUGCACAUUCGCUGCUCCACAAAAUUGCUACAUACAUUUAUUUACUAUAUAU